AUGUCGCUGUGUUCGAAAUUGCUUCGAAACGUCGCCGCCGGCCGAAUUUCCACAGUAAACGGGUCUCGACGCGCUUUUUCCGCUUAUCCAAUCGAUGACGUCAUGUUUGGGCUUACUGAGGAUGAGAUUGCGGUGGAUUUUUUUGGACUUUUCUCUUUCAUAAAAAAUUAAUUUUGAUAACAUCUUACUGGGUAUUUGAAGGACCAUAGGUCUUUUGGGGUUUACUGGGAAAUUUCUAAGGGACCACUUGAGGGGUUUGAAGUUUUGGUGGCCCCUAAAGUAGUCAAAUUAGUGGCCUCUUGAGUGACUUGAUUUAGUGGCCUCUUUAGGAGUCUUAGUGGUACUAGUAGGUCUCUAAAAACUACUACCACUAAGACGCCAAAUAGGAGAUUCCAAUGAGGUUGUUUUGGUGGCCACUUUAGGGUUUUGACUUUCUAGAGGCCACUAUAGUAGUCGAAUUAGGGGCCUCUAUAAGAGGUGGUAAUACUAGACCAAAAAAAACCAAGAUAGGGACCACUAAGACGCCAAAUAGGAGAUUCUAAAGAGGUUCUUUUAGUGGUCACUUUAGGGUUUAUGACUUUCUAGAGGUCACUAUAGCAGUCGAAAUUGGGGCCUCUGAAGUGACUUAAUUUAGUGGCCUCUUUAGGAGUCCAACUGGUACUAGUAGGUCUCUUAAAACGACUAUAGUGGCCACUAAGACGCAAAGUAGUGGCUCCUAAAGAGAUUGUUUUAGUGACCACUUUAGGGUUUUGACGUUUUAGAGGUCACUAUAGUGGUCGAAUUAGUGGCCACUUAAAUGAAUAAUGUUUAGUGGCCUCUUUGGGAGUCUAAGUGGUUUUAGUAGGCUUCUGAAGACUACUGUAGUGGCCACUAAGACGCCAAUUAGGAGAUUCUAAAGAGGUUGUUUCAGUGGCCUCUUUAGUGUCCCUUGAGGAAACUUUUAUGUGGCCCCUAGAGUUUUCACCAGUCGAGCAUUUUCGACGUUUUUCCCAAUGACGUCAUCCAUUUUCCAGCUCCGCCAGUCGGUCCGACAGUUUGCCGAGAAGGAAUUGGCGCCUUUCGCCGAGAAAAUUGACAAAGAUAACAAUUGGGAUCAGUUGAGGCCGUUUUGGCGCAAACUCGGCGAACAAGGCCUUCUAGGGAUCACGGCUCCAGGUACUGGGAUACCUGUCCGAGUCACUAAUUUAAAAAAAAAGGGUUAUAUUACCAAUAGAAUUUCCGUGUAUCAUCUGAUGUAUUUUUCAGCUUUACCUAGGAAUUAAAAAAAAAACCCUUAAGUAUACCCUCCGAAAAGGGCAGGAUGAAUAUCUCGAAGAUUUUUGGAAAGAAAAAUGUUUUUCAGCAAUAAAGUCUCAGUAAUGAUUUUCGAGUAAAUUUCAUCUAUAAUAGACAAUUUGGAAAAAGUAAAGUGUCCUUCAGCGGAGUACGGCGGCUCGGCGAUGAACUACUUCUCGCACGUCAUCGCCAUGGAAGAGUUGUCGCGUGCCGCCGGCGGUAUCGCCCUCUCUUAUGGAGCUCAUUCGAACCUCUGCGUCAACCAGAUCUGCCGCAACGGAAGCGCUGAGCAGAAGCAGAAGUACUUGCCCAAGGUGCGGAGAAAAAUGGAUUUUCGAGCUGAAAAAUAUGCUACAACAAUCGUUCUGGUCGAAAACGCAAUACAACCGGUUUUCGGCGUUUUUCGAAGACGCCCCGCCCACUUUUCCUCCGUAAAGUGUGUUGUGUCGUGUGCAUGCACUACGCCGCUUUUGCGCAGAAAAAUUGCCUUUAUGUAGAAAUCUUUGCCGUCUUCAUGAAGCCAGGUGGGACGGUUGAGUUCUCGAGACAAAAAGGGCGUGGCCUGUCUGCUCUCUCCAUGAACCAAGCACUAUCUUUUUUCUAUCGUGUCAGGACCCUUUUUCAAAUAAAUGGUCCUAAGAAGAUAAUAAAAGAGAUACUUUCUUGUUCGGGGAGAGCUCAGACAGGACACGCCCCCUCAGAGUCCCAAGCUAGCCGUGAAUCGACUAACAGUCGACCGGAACCAAGAAAAAAAAAAAUCGAUUCUCAGCUUUUCCAACAAAAAACAAAAAAAAGUCCUGCAUAUUCCAAUGUUUGCAGCUGAUCAGCGGUGAACACAUUGGCGCCCUCGCCAUGUCAGAAUCCGGCUCCGGAUCUGACGUCGUGAGCAUGAAGCUCCGCGCCGAGAAGAAGGGCAACAAGUACGUCCUGAACGGAACCAAGUUCUGGAUCACCAACGGACCCGACGCCGACGUGUUGGUCGUCUACGCCAAGACUGAUCCGAAAAAGCAUCAGCACGGAAUUACGUCUUUCCUCAUUGAGAAGGUGCGAAGAUGUGACGUCAUCUGGGAGGUCCAUGAUGACGUCAUGCUGAAUUUUGGCGCGAAAAAUGGCUGAUUUUAAAAUUUUGCUGUUGAUUUUUCCAUAUUUAUUCGAAUAUACUUUAUAGCGGAAACUUCUCCAGGUUUGCUUUUUUUUAAAAGUAGUGACGUCAUUCAGGGGUAGAUGAUGAUGUGGCAAAUCUAGUCGUCAAAUAACAUUAUUUGAAAACAGUGAUCUCAAAAUUAUGUUUUUUGAACUUUGGAAUGGCGUAGUGAUCGCUAGAGGGGCGACUUUAUGGAAUUUAGUAGGUUCCCCUCAAGGGACCAGUUUACCUUCCUCAUAGGGGCACUAAAGCUUGCAAAAGUGGCCACUCUAGGGGAGUGUAUUAAGGGUUCCUCCACGUCUUAUUUAUUCUCAAAUCAGAUCGAAAAAAUCAAAAAUACCACUAUAGGGUCCACUUCAGUUUUAGGCGAACUUAGGAGCGCCAGUGUGGUCACUAGAGGGUCCUUGUAGGUUCCCCUCAAGAGACCACUUUACCUCCACUUGUAGGAGACGAUAAUGUUUGCAAAAGUGGGCACUAUAGGGAAGUACGAUAGUGGUCCCUUUACGUCUUAUGUACAUUAAAAUCAGAAGAUCACUAUAGGGACCACUUCAGUUGUAGGCGAACUUAGGAACGCCAUUGUGGUCAAUAGAGGGCUCUUGUAGGCUCCCCUCAAGGGACCACUUUACCUCCCCCAUAGGGGCACUGAAUUUUGCAAAAGGGGCCACUCUAGGGGUGUAUGAUAGUGGCUCCUUUAGGUCUUAUUUACUCUCAAAAGACCACUAGAGGGGCCACUUAAGCUUUAGAGGUCAGAUCCUAAACUCCAAUAGGGACCACAUGAGUUUGUGCCUAUAUGGAGCAAUAUUUUGUCCACUUUUGGGGCUUUUUCCCUGGCCCCUGUAGGGACUACUCUGGCGCUCCUAAGAACGGUUUCAAAGUCAAAAUAUGUAUAUUAAGUCCUUUUUAAUUUUACAUAAUGUGAGUUGAUACCAUGUAAAGAAAUAUAACCGCGCAAGGCUUCACCGGGCCUUGACGUGUUAUUUAGAUGUGUGUAGAACCGACAUUGCUCUUGGAUCUUUAUUAGAGCAACUCAGCACCGCCAGUUGGUAUGCGUGCUGAGCGCAAGAGUGACAAUACAAGUAGGCGGCGUGCCAUUGGCACGCCUACAUGAUAGUACAUAUGGCAUUGAGGUCAGGUCAACUAGCGUCCUGUCACAUCCCUCCGCUCCAAGAAAGCUUCGUCCCGAAGCGGGGAUUAGUGAAACUAAGACAACUUUUGAGGACUAGGCAAUCAAGGACGGUCUAACAAAAAUACAGAUAUUAACGCAAGAGGACAAUUGCGCUCUAAAUCAGUUCUACAACACAAUUCUAAGCACUAGCAGACUCUUAUACAACGAUUCCUACGUCACUUAUUUAUCUAGAAACCCAAUCAAAAAGACAAGGUAAAGGACGUAUCCGGUCAAAGAUUGAAUGAGAAAAGGAAAUCGAAGAAAAAGAGUUUUUGUAAACUACAUCGGGGGCUUACAACAAAAAUAAAACGAGACAAGCACGGAAAAACUCUCAACACAAUUGAACUAGCGAUUGAAGUCGUCAUCGACGAGAAAAGGGCUCACAGGCCAGGCGAUAUAUAUCACUCUACACAUCCCACCAUCCCAACCGUGUAUCGCGUACCAACAAAGGGGUCAAAAUCGCGGUGAAAAAGUUCAAAUACUUGUCAAUGUGGAGGAGUCGACGUUGCUUGGGACCGGACUCGUGCACUGCUUCACUGGAGCAGCUUCAGAAGGAAGAUGUAGCCUCGCUGGAAUCCCGAACACGAUAUGCGAAAACUGCUAGCGGAAUAGAAUAGGUCGAGUUCCCCGCAGAAGACUGUAGCUUCUGCAGGCGGCUGAUGGACGAGGUAGAACAGAUGAAAUAGGUGAAUUAGUCCAAGCAGCCGGAUUCUACGGUGGUACCUCCAUAUAACCGCGCAAGGCUUCACCGGGCCUUGACGUGUUAUUUAGAUGUGUGUAGAACCGACAUUGCUCUUGGAUCUUUAUUAGAGCAACUCAGCACCGCCAGUUGGUAUGCGUGCUGAGCGCAAGAGUGACAAUACAAGUAGGCGGCGUGCCAUUGGCACGCCUACAUGAUAGUACAUAUGGCAUUGAGGUCAGGUCAACUAGCGUCCUGUCACAGAAAUAAAUUCUUUUCAUUUUACGAAGAAAAAAAUUUGGAAGUUCAGACUUAUUUUUUUAAGGUUUUCAGUCAUAUUUCAGAUUUUCUGUUAAAAAAAGUAUUUAAAAAAACGGAAUGACAAAAAGUAAUUUAUUUUUUUAAAAAAAUUUUUUUUCAGGGCUUCAAAGGCUUCAGCCAAUCGCCGAAGCUCGACAAACUUGGAAUGCGCGGUUCGAAUACCUGUGAACUGGUUUUUGAAAACUGCGAGGUUCCUGGUGGGUUUUUGGAAAGAAAAAUGUGGAAAAAACGGUUUUUUAAAGUUUAAAAAUGUCAAAAAUCAAACACAAAACUUUUUUUUACUGGGACAAAAGCUCAAUUUUCUCAAAAUUCUCAAAAUUCAGUAUUUUUCAUUGCUCUAACUUUUCUGAAAAUAAAUUUUUCGGCUUGAGAAAAUUGGUUUCAUGUUGAAUGGUCUAUUGAACAUUUGAAAGUUGAGUCUUCGCUCAAGCUCCGCCCCUAAUUGCGCCGUGAACUAAUCAGAGAGCGAGCUAUCCCAGAGCUUUUUCCGAAUGACGUCAUUUUACUUGAAAUUUUGAAAGUCUGAAAAGACUGUUAUCUCUGUAACGGAAGCCGUACGUUUUUGAGCGAUUCGAGGGAUCACUUAAGAGGGCUGACGCUACUAAAGUGGUCACUAGGGAUGCUCAGAAACGUCCCAUACGCCUCCGUCCAUAUAUGAGCAAGAACAGAAUUCAUAGAUUUUUGAGAGAAGUUUGCGAAUUUUAAACUUUAGAGGAACAAGUCAUGGGCGGAAUCGGCAAAGGUGUCUACGUCCUCAUGACCGGAUUGGACUAUGAACGGCUGGUUCUGUCGGGAGGACCUUUGGGGUACAUUUUUCGAACCAAAAUCCCAGAAAAAUGAAUUUUUCAAGUUUGAUGCAAGCCGCCUGCGAUGUCGCGUUCGACUAUGCCCAUCAAAGAGAACAGUUUGGACAGAAAAUUGGAACCUACCAAGUUGGUUUUUAAGAGAUUUCUGUCGAAAAAUGAUAUUCUCACUUUUUUGACAGUUUUGUUCAGCUGUUUUUCACGUUUCUAUGUUUCGGGCAGAUUUCAGGGUUAUAUUUUCAUUUUUUUUUUCUGUUUUAUGGCCUUUUCCGAGCUUAAAAAAGGACAUUUGCAGCUUUUUUUCAAGAGUUUUGAAAGGUGCAAAAAGUUUUCCUUGUGCAAAUUUUUGAAUAAAUAGGAACUGUCUUGAUAAUUCAGUACUUUUUAGAAUUUUUCUCAAAAAUUGUUGUUUUUUUAAUAGGAAAAAGAUGAUAGAAAAAGCCUUUUUUUGAGAAUUUUUUUCCAAUCUUUAACUCAUUUUCAUCUAUUUUUUUGAACAUUUCUUAGCCAUCCGAACCGGAAUUCCCAUUGAAAAUCAGGAUAUAGGAGGUAUGAAAAAAAAGACCAGCAAAAAUUUGAACCGCGGAAUCACUUUCCGACUUUUUUUUCUCAAUAAACUCUUUGCUUUGAAUCUGCCUAUAUAAAGUGGGUGGUUGAUUCAUGAUUUAAACACAAAUAAAUAGGAAAAAAAUGUUGAUAGAUGUUUUAUAAACCGAAAAAUAUAAGGGAAAAAAGUCGGAAAGUUCCCUAGCGAUAUGAAAAAAUCUGAAAAGUCGCCGUUUGAAAAUUCGCUGGUCUUUUUUUCCAUACCACCGUGAGAUUACCGACUUUAGCUCAGUAUUAGGAGGAGGGGUUGGCGGCCUUUUAUAAUUUUAUUCAAGUUUUUUUUGGAACAUUUUUUAUCCUAUCGAACCGAAUGUCUCAUUAAAGAUUGGAAUAUAACCAUCAAGAUGAGUUGGAAAUGUUCAGCUUCUGCAAGGAAAACUGGCCGACAUGUACACGACCUUGAACGCCUGCAGAUCUUACUUGUACAUGGUCGCCAAGGCGGCUGACAAUGGACGAGUUUCCAAUAAGGUUUGUUAACUUCAAAUAAAAAAAGAAAAUUUUUUUUGCUGUUGAUAAGGUUCCAUGAGUCUAAAAGCCUCAAUCACUGAAUUUUUCGAUUUUUUUUGUGGGAUAAUCCGAAUUAUUUUUCAAGGACUGCGCUGGAGUGAUCCUCUACGUCGCCGAGAAGUGCACCCAAGUCUGCUUGGACGCUAUUCAAAUUUUGGGUUGGUUUCUAGGAGAAAAUUGGGAUUGAAAUACGUCGGUUGGAGCCCACCCCAGUGUUCGGCCAACCCCCACCCCCCUCUCAAACUGCGGCCUACCCCCGACCUAUCUCAUUAAAUUUUUCAAAUUUUUCGCCCGCAAAAGGUUGAUAUGGGAUCCAACCGAUGUAUGGAUGGAAAGAAAUUCCAAAAUAAUAAUUAUUAAGGGAAAAAUAAGGAUUUUUGAGAAACCAGACUUCGCUAUUUGUGGGGUGAGAAGCAUGUGUAAAAUGAGGAUUUUCAAUAAUUUUUAAAUAAUUUUGCGCUUGUUUUUAAAAAAAUAUAUAACUUUAUUCAUGAUUAUCUUGUUUUCUAUGCACCUGGGUAGGAUAAAAAUUCAAAAAUUCAAGCUUAAAGUGGGAGGAAAAUAACGUGAAAACCCUUAAUGACCUCGCAAGGUGUCGGAACAUUUCUAGUGACCACUUUAGUAGCGUCAGAACUCUUAAGUGAUUCCAAAUUUGCUGUGGAACGUCCAGUUCUCAUGCUCCGUGGAUUAAUUGCGAUUUUCAAUGAGCACAGGUUUUUUGUCCAUGGAGCGCACAUUCAGUUUUGAGCAAUAAAUAUUUUUGAAAUUAAUUUUUCAAACUCUAACUUACUCGUUUCACUUAUCAGAGACGUCUGCCCUGUGUAAUUCAUUUUUCGAGCCGUUUAGGGAUCACUUUAGUGAAUUUCGUGCCCUUUUAGCGUUCCCUUGAUGCUUCCAGAUGUAUUUAAAAAUGUCUGAUUAGCCUGUUUUUUUAUAUUGUUUUGAAGGAAUUUUUCAAUUUUUUUAAUAUUUUUCAAAAUCCGAUUUUCAAGGUGGAAACGGAUAUAUUAAUGAUUAUCCAACGGGUCGACUCCUCCGUGACGCGAAAUUAUACGAAAUCGGAGCUGGAACCAGCGAGGUAUUUUAUCGAUUUUUUUCAAAUUAUUGAUCAAUUUAUCGAUUUUUUUCUCAGGUUCGACGAUUGAUCAUUGGACGGGCCUUGAACAGAGAGUAUUCUAACUGA